ACGGAUGGAACCGAAGUCAAUUCAAUAUCUCCGACUCAUAGCUUGCUUCAUCUGCCUGCUCUCACUAGUAGCAGCGAAAGAACUAGCAUUUGUGCAAGCUAUUUGGAGGCAUGGCGAUCGGGCCCCUAAAAAACAUCCUUAUCCAAAUGAUCCCUACAACGAGAGUGCAUGGCCACGAGGCUGGCAACAGCUAACUAAUAUAGGCAUCGCUCAGAUGAAUGAACUUGGAAGGUAUUUUCGAUCAAAAUAUGGAUCCUUCAUCGCACCCCAUUAUGUGGCAAGUCAGGUCUAUAUCCGAUCGUCGGACUCAGAUCGAGCCCUUACCUCAGCGCAAGCUUUCACCUCCGGUUUUUACCCCGCGCAAAAUGGUAGUUUCCAGUGGCAACAUGGCAAUCCUUGGCAACCAGUUCCUAUACAUGCUCCGGCGCCUGUCGAAAAAGAUUUGCUACUCAAACCUACCUAUGUUGAUUGCAAAAAUUAUGACAGUAUCGUGGACGCCGAUGAUGCAAAACAUGCUGCUGUUUAUAACACACAGUAUGCGGAUAUGUUCAAAAUGCUUGAAGAAAAAACUGGCAUCGCGAAUUUUUCUUACGCAAACGUCAAUAAGGUUUAUGAUAUAACGAAAGAGCUGUAUAACAAUUUGACGGACAAACAACCUGCAUGGGCGUUCCAAAGGUGGCCUAAAUAUGGCAAUCGCAGUACAUUGGAUGUAAUAAGUGAAUUGCGACGUAUACGCAAGAUUUCAAAAUUCGACUCCCCCGACAAGGCAAAGAUGACAGGAGGCUACUUGCUAAACACCUGGAUCAAAGACGCUUUGAAGGUUGCGAACGGAACUAUGAAAAAUCCUGACAGAAUGAUGUUGUAUUCUGCACACGAUGGCACAGUACUAGCAUUGAUGCAUGCUAUGAGCGUUGCAAAUGGCUUGCUGAUUCCUUACGCGUCAGCUGUAAUUAUGGAAGUUUACAAGGACAAGAAUGACUUCUUGGUUGAGCUUUUUUAUCGAAACGAUACUUCAAAGCCUCCAUAUCGUCUCCAAAUUCCUGGAUGUUCGGACCGAUGUACGGUUCAGAAGAUGGCUGAGCAAUACUCAAACAUGAUGGUGACCAGUCUUAGCGAACAUCAAGAGGUCUGUGGUACGCCAAUAAUUGACUGCAAUAAGUCGACGUCGGCUCCGUUUUCUCUGGCCUUUAUUAUUUUGGUAGUAGCAAUGCAACUAAAUUUAUUAUAACCAGGUUGGGUACACUUUCGUUCAUCUCCACACAUAUCUUUUUGUACUUGCCAUUAUCAUCCUCGCUCUCGUCAUAAGUCUAUACUUUUCUUUCUAGUCAUUUUGGUUUACAUUUCUUGUUGUAUAAUAUCAAUGCUUUUUCUGAUUAAUUUUUCAUAGGCAUCAUGAUAGGUCAUACGCGUCAUGUAUAAAUUAUUUGAACGUUUUCUGCAUGUAUCAAAGCAGAAUGUGAAGUAUGCAACCUGUCAAAUCUCGAUAGCACUCCUCCAGAUGAUAAUGCAACUCGAUUGUUGAAUCUAGGUGUUCAUUCAAAACUGGAACGGUUUUCUUGAUACUUAAAUCAAUUGUUAACGAAUUAACGAAUGCUCUAUUGCGUUCUGGCGAUUCGGGAUUUGCCUUUGUUAGAGCCUGGAAAAGUCAUGCAUUGCUACUUCUUUCCCCCAAAUAAUUGUUGUAAGUAAGGCAAACUGAGUUUAUUUAUUACAGCUCCUCCAGUUAGUAGAUAAGCAGCUAAAUAGUUUUGCAAGUGGAUUCGCUUGCAGAAGCACUCCAUACACACAGUCUUGUAUUGCUGAACGAAUUUAGUUGCCAAAGAUUGUCUAAUAUUAGGCCAU